UAAAUAAGGGCGGCAAAGAAAUAAAACCCUCAAAGCCAACAAAAACCUCUCGUUACAGAACGGAGAAACAGAAACCCAAAGGGUCGGCGUUACAGUCUCUUUGUCUAUCUCUCUCUCUUUUACGAUUCUCCUUAAUUCUUUGACCAAAUUCCAUGGCUUUCUGGGGUGGGUUCACUGGUUCCUUUGCUUUUAACAAUCACGGAUUGAGAGUUGAAGUGAAGCCAUCAAAAGCUUUCACUCUUAAGGCUAAUGAAUCAACAGGAAUCAGAAGACUUCACCUUUCCCAGGCGACAUUGGGGCUUGGUAGUGCAACAAACAGAAGUAUUCUUCAGUGUAUCGUUGGGAACAAAAGUCCCCUCUUCUUAUGCGUCUUGACUCCUGAAAAGGUUGAUACUUGCCAACUGAAUCUGGAGUUUGAAGAAGCUGAUGAAGUUAUCUUCUCUGUCAUCGGACCUCGGAGCAUUCACCUCACUGGCUACUUCCUGGGGAAGAGUACCAGUUUUAGGCUAAAUGAUAGUGAAUCGGAGUCAUAUGGAGAAGACAUUGUUGACACAGACAUGGAGAAAGGUAGCAGUGAUGAUUAUGACUACAGUGAUAGUUUCAUAAAUGAUGACGAACCUUGUGGCCGUGGUUCACAUGUGUCUAGUUCUGAUGAUGAUGAAAUAUCUAUUAAGGAGAUGGCAGCUAAAACAAAAGACAAGAAGAAAAAUGGAAAAGGUAGAAGACUAAGGAAGAAGUUUCAAGUCUCUGAUUCAGAAUCGGAUGAAACCUCGGCUAGAGAUGAUGAUUCUAGCAAUGAGGAUUCUGUAGAAAUACUUAAUAAUGGUAAUGAGCACAAAAUCCCGAAGGUUCUUUCUUCAGAGAGUCCUCUGUCUUCAAGGGUUACGAGGUCGAAGGCAAGAAGUUCGACUUUGGAAAAUGUUGAGUCUAAUGCCAAAUGUGAGAAGGCAUCAGAAGCAAGAGCUGAUACCCACAAGACUCUGGAUAAAAGGGAGGAUAAAACAUUGGCUGAUGUUAAACUUCAUCCUCAGAAAGAGUGUGAAAUUGUUUCGAAGAAAAAAAGAAACAAAGAAAAGUCUAAGAGUUCAGCUACAGUUAACUUAGGUGAAGGAGAGGGGAAAAAUAUGCCUGAAAGUCUUCAGAAUGAGAAGCCAGCUACUGACAAGGGGAUCAAAUCAUCAGGUGGUGUAUUACCCUCUCAGAAUGAUGAGGCGAUUCUAUCAAAGAAAAAAAGGAAAAGGGAUAGGAGAGAGGAGACUACAGAUGUCCCAGAAAAUCUAGUUGAAUGUUCUGAGAAGAAGAAACAAGCUAUCGACAAAAUGAAUAGGAACAUUGAGAAAGAACCUGAAGUGACCAUUGAAGAGAUUGAAAAAGGAUCGUUAGAUGGAAAAUCAGCUGUUAAAGGGAAAAAGGUCAGUAUACUCUAUACUGGCAAGUUGAAAGACACCGGGAAAUUGUUUGAAUCAAACUUGGGAGAAGCUCCACUAAGAUUCCGCUUAGGUGAAGAAAAUGUCAUAAAAGGUCUCAGCAUUGGUGUUGAAGGGAUGCGAGUUGGAGAUAAGAGAAGACUCAUAAUUCCGCCAUCCCUCGGGUACUCAAAAAAGGGAUUGAAGGAACAGGUGCCUAAGAAUGCGUGGCUUGUCUAUGAAGUGGAGGCAGUAAAAAUUAGAUGAUCGCAUUGGCUUUUGACCUUUUAAUACAGGCGUAGGGUUUUGCUCCGAGCCAAACUGUUAUGUCACAUGGAAAUUUUCAUUGGCUCCUCCUGCUUCCUGUUUUAUACAGUAUUUUGCUUUUUUUGGGUUUGCUCGAAUCUUACAAAACUCAAAAUUUUCCUGAUUGUUCAUUCAAUAUCAGUGAGUAUUGUUUCCACU